AUGGGGAACGCGCAGAGCUGGUCGCCGUCCACUGGCCCCUCACCAGAUCCAGCUAGCCUCAGCGAGGAAAUCAAGGAUCUCAAGGCUCUCCGGCAGGACCUCAGGAAGCAAAUCGAGCAGGCUGAGGCGAGCAAUGGCCUCUCGGAGACUCAGAAGCUCCUCCUGCGCGAUUCCAAAGAGGUUUAUCUCAACGUCGAAGACGUCCUCGACGAGUGGGAGUAUGAGCAGCUGCUCCGCGCUAAAAUCGAGGGUGGAUCCCCAAAUAUGACCGCAGAUCCCGAGCUCUGGGACCGGAUGGCCGAUCAGAUUCGCAAGGUGAAGAGAAAGCUCGAAAAAGUCAGCGUCCAUGGGAUGAUGAUUCAUGGGGAAGGAGAUGUGAGGCAGCGCAGUCAGCCCGUCGGCCGGGCGCCGAGCAGCUCGCUUCUGGGCGACGACCAUGACCACAAGGUCCGAAUAGUCCAUUACCUCGUUCACAAGUGUCCGGAGGACGUGACGGUAUUCCCGAUACUGGGGUUGGGGCUGGCAGGCAAGACCACCCUCGCUCGAGCCGUCUACAACGACCCACAGGUUAAGGAGCACUUCUCCACGGGAUGGGCUUCUUCCGGCGGGGAUUCCGAUCCGAAGGCGCUGCUGCGGUGUGUCAUCGAAGCUCUGACCUCAACGGCUUGCCCCUUCAAGGAGUUGGAGCAGAUUCUGCAAACUCUGAGAGGAUCUGUGAAGGAUAAGAGGUUGUUCCUCGUCCUGGACGACCUCCAUCCCCAACACUUGCGGGAUUGGGAUCUCCUAAAGGACUCGGUUUUCUCCUCUUGUUCUAAGCGAAGCGUCGUUGUCGUCACCACCAGGGACAGAAAAGUUGCAGAGAAAGUAAAGACCAUCCAGAGCCCCUUGUACCUCGAGUUUAAGCUUUCAGAUGACGAGUGCUGGGGCCUAUUCAAGCGCUAUGCGUCUGAUGGGAACCACCCAGUUAUGGAAGACCUGCGUGAGAAGGUUGUGGAGCAGUGUCAAGGGCUGCCACUGGCGGCGAAGCUCCUCGGCAUCUCCUUCCGCCAUCAUCGCGGUGAUAAGAUAGACUGGGCGGAUGACUGCAUGGACUGGGUUAUAGAGGAAAAUAUUAGACCUGUGCUCAAGUCUAGCUACCUUGAGCUGGCACCUCGCCUGAAACCUUGCCUCCUCUACUCCUCGCUGUUUCCCCAAGGUUAUCAGUUCAGCAAGGAGCAGAUGGUUCGACUGUGGAUGGCGCAAGGACUCGUCGAGCCGCCACCAAAGAGAGAAACUCCAUGGAAGCGGAGACGCCUAGACCAGGAGGACGAAGGUCUACAAAAUUUCGACGAACUGGUCUCCGGGUCGUUCAUCAUUCAGGAUCCGGAGGACUGGACGCAGUACUCUAUACCCAAGCUCAUCUGGGAUCUUCUGAACGACAUCUCAGGCGAGGAAGAGUACGUCAGAAGGGCAGACAUGUGCGACCCACUCUGUAAAUGCCGCCAUCUGUUGCUGAACCCUAAAGACGGCAGCUUUAGAUUGGAUCCAGAUUCCUUCUUUGAUUCUCCAGGUCUCCGAUCUCUUAUUUUCAUGCCGAGGAUUAAACUGCGGCUGGAGAUUCUAGAUCAGGAUCUCUCGUCGUUAAAACGUCUGAGGUCACUGGAUCUGAGCAAUACCAGCGUGACGACGUUGCCCGAGUCCGUCGGAGGUUUGAAGCACUUGCGGUUCCUGGCUCUCAAUCACACGGGGAUCACGGAGUUGCCGGAAUCGGUCUCGAAGCUUUAUAAUCUUCAAGUUCUUGAGCUGAAGAACUGCUACUGGCUGGAGAAGCUGCCCAGCGGCCUGGGUAAUCUGGUUAAUCUCCGGUAUCUUGAUACGGGUGAUGAUCGCCCUCGCGUGAACAUGCCGAAAGGGAUUCAGAAAUUAGUAAACCUUCAGAGGUUAGCAGGGCUCGAUCUCCAGAAGGGCAAGGAGUUGUGCGGGCUGCGAGAGUUGAAAGCCCUGAGUAAGCUGACGGAGCUCGGCGUCUCAGGCCUCUGCAACUUGGUCGAUUCAGAGGAUGCUAAGGAGGCAAGCAUGCAGGACAAGAAAUCUCUCAAGGUCCUGAAGCUGAACUGGUGCUCCGAUGAUGACGACGCUGCGGCGAAGUCCGAGCAGUUCAAAGGGACAGACUACGAAAAGUUUUACAACCUGCGGGACGAGACUGACGCUGGCGACAAUCAGACUGCUCAUGAAGGACAUCCUGUUGUGGAGGAACACCUCUCAGCAUGGAUUCCGGGCGACUAUUCAGAUACAUUGUCCGGCGUAGCUGAUGAAGAUGAGGACAAAAAUUUUACAGAGAGUGCAGAGGAGGAUAUUUCUGGUUUGGGGUCAAUUCUCAGGGUGGUUGGUGCUGAGCAGCUGCUCGAAGCUCUGAAACCUUACACCAACAUUGAGGAAUUGGAGCUAAGGACCUUACCCUGUCUCCAUUUCCCUGGCUGGAUCGGAGAUCCAUCGUUCUCCAAGCUUAUCACGGUGGUGCUCGAAGAUUGCGCCUGCGAAGCCCUCCCACCACUGGGUCAACUGCCACAACUGGAGUUCCUGAGCAUAGACGGCACGCCAGUGAAGGCCGUCGACGCGUCAUUCUGUAAAGGCCUGGGAAGCAGAGCAGCUGCUGCGUUUCCGAAUCUGCUCAUGUUGACUUUCUACAACAUGAGGAAGUGGGAGAUAUGGGACGGGGUGGAGAAGGGCGACUUCCCGAUGCUUAAGGAGCUGAGGUUAUUUAACUGCCCAGAACUGAGGAGUUUACCCGAAUCUGGUUCUGGGUUUCCUUCGCUUCUAGUACUAGAAAUCGAUAGGUGCAGGGGACUGAGCAAGAUUCCAUGUCUACCGUCAUUGACGAGCCUGGAGUUGUGCAGGUGCGAUUCGCUGACUUCGAUCCCGUCGCUUGGGUCUCUCUCUAGCUUGACAGUAGUGGACUGUCGGAGCCUCGGAUCCGUUCCCCCUCUGGAGAGACUUGUUAGCCUUUGGGUGGAAGAGUGUGAGCGGCUGAGCCCCAUUGCCGCCUCCAGCUUUCUCCACACAUCAUCAGCUGAGCGACCAAAGAAACUGCUGGUUGCCUAUGGCGGUCAACUCGUUUAUUGA